AUGGUAAGGCGUCUUCACCUAAAGAGGGUGCACCGUGCCCUCUUAGAAUCUCUAUAUAAAGAGAUCAAAAUGGCUCAGCACCAGAGCACCUCCAAAGGUCUUAUGGAGAUGGGGUUGCUUCUCUUUCUUGCUCUCUCUUUUCUCCUUGCAACAGCAUCUUCUCUCAUAGACGCUCCCCUCAGCUCAUGCUCUUCCAAAUUCAAGACGGACCACCACCACAACCACCAUCUCAACGGCUCCGGCCUCCACCUCGUCCUCCACCACCCGCGGAGCCCCUGCGCCCCCGCCACCCUCCACCACCUCCCCUUCUCCACCGUCCUCUCCCACGACGACUCCCGCGCGCAAUUCCUCGCCGCCCGGCUGACCAAAACCUCCCACCGGCCGAGAUCCCCCCUCCUCAACCCAAACGCCGCCAGCGUCCCCCUCAGCUCCGGCAUGCCGAUCGGCGCCGGCAACUACAUCACCCGCGUCGGCCUCGGCACCCCCUCCACCUCCUACGUCAUGCUCGUCGACACCGGUUCCUCCCUCACCUGGGUCCAGUGCUCCCCCUGCCGCGUCUCCUGCCACGACCAGGUCGGCUCCCCCUUCGACCCCUCCGCCUCCGCCACCUACCGCUCCGUCUCCUGCUCCGCCCCCGAGUGCGACGGCCUCGAGUCCGCCACCCUCAACCCCUCCGCUUGCACCACCUCCAACGUCUGCAUCUACCAGGCCAGCUACGGCGACAGUUCCUUCUCCGUCGGCUACCUCGGCAGGGACUCCCUCUCCCUCGGCACCGGCGGAGUCUUCCCCAGCUUCGUCUACGGCUGCGGCCAGGACAACGAGGGCCUCUUCGGUAGGUCGGCCGGCCUCAUCGGCCUCGCACGUAACAAGCUAUCCCUGCUAUCCCAGCUCGCACCAAAGUUCGGCAACGUCUUCUCCUACUGCUUGCCCACCACCGCGUCCACCGGAUAUCUCUCCAUCGGGUCAUACCCGCCGGCGCCGUAUGUAUACACCCCCAUGGUCUCCAGCUCGUCGGACGACUCUUUGUACUACGUCAGGCUCACCGGCAUCACGGUCGGAGGGAAGGGGAUCGCGGCGGCGCCGUCGGCGUACACCACUGUGCCGACGAUCAUCGACUCGGGGACCGUGAUCAGUCGGCUGCCGUCCGAUGUCUACUCGGCGUUGAGCAAGGCGGUGGUGGCGGCGCUCGGGGGGCGUGCGCGGGCGCCGGCGUACUCGAUACUGGACACGUGCUACAAGGGCAGUGCAACGGGGCUGGUGGCGCCGGAGGUGGACAUGGCGUUCCAAGGCGGCGCGACGUUGAAGCUGCCGACGAGGAACGUGAUGAUCGACGUGGAUAGCAGUACGACGUGCCUGGCGUUCGCGCCGACCCAGAGGGUGGCGAUCAUCGGGAACAGGCAGCAGCAGACCUUUCGGGUGGCGUACGAUUUGGCGAGGUCUAGGAUUGGGUUCGCCGCCGGUGGGUGCGGGUGAGGGAGUCGUGGCUGUGAUGGUGGUGUUGGUGCUGGUGGCGGUGGCGGUGGUGGGGAUAGUCUGGUAAGAAAGACGGUUGUGCAUAGGCUAUUCUUACUGUGAGGAAUAGGGGAACUUAAUAAAGCACCAAAACGGGGAUAUGGUAUCAUCGGGAUAUGGUAUUCCAAAUGGAAGGUGACCAUGUCCAUGACUGAGGGACUAUGUAUCGCAGGCCAGUGAGCUGGCCAAUAUCUUAGCCAUUAGGUAUUCGAAAUCAGACUGCUGCAACGUGUACAAAUGGGGUUACCAUUUGUGUUUUGUGUGUGGGAAUAAUGGUUUUUGUCACGUACAAAA